AUGUACAUUACCCACAUCGGCACCCCUCCUCCUUCGCUUGAUUCCUUUAAUUUUCAUCUUCGCAUUGUCUUUUUUCUUCCCGACCUUUGUAAUUUUUUUUGUUGCUCGUUUCAAUUUUACUUCUGGAGCAGUUGAUUCAACUACAUUUGCUUUCUGGGAUGUGUUUGGUUUCCGAGAAAAUGUAGAACGUUGGGGGGAUAAUUGAGUAUUAGCCAUUUACAUUUGAGUAUCUAUGACUGUUUUGCUGGAAGAAAAUAAAGAAAAUGAAUUUCUGGGUUUUUAGUUAAUUGUGUUUUGAUUUACAUUGUAAAAUGCUAAUUUCGGUUCGAUUAGCCGAACAAUGAGAGUGGUGAUCAUUAUAUGAUUAUAAUCUGCCCAAAUUUUAGAAUUAAAAAUUUUGAUUCUGUCAGGCAAUGUCUGUUUGUAAGGAACUGAAUUGGUUAUACUAAUGCGAGUUUUGAUUUGUACGAUUGAUUUUACUGCAGCCGACGAAUCAGAGAAGUUUGUAGAAGCCUCGAAGAAGGGGAAUUUAAUUCCUCUGUCUCGGAGCAUAUUCUCGGAUCAUCUAACUCCUGUUCUCGCUUACCGGUGUCUGGUUAAGGAGGAUGAUAGAGAUGCUCCAAGUUUUCUGUUUGAGUCAGUUGAGCCGGGUUCCAACGACUCCAAUGUUGGCCGGCACAGUGUUAUUGGUGCCCAACCAUCCAUUGAAAUCGUGGCUAAGGAGAACAUGGUUACCAUUAUGGACCACAAAGAAGGUUGUAGGACAGAGGAGUUUGUGGAGGAUCCAAUGACUGUUCCUCGGAGAAUCAUGGAGGGAUGGACACCCCAACUUCUUGAUGAACUUCCAGAAGCAUUUUGUGGCGGCUGGGUUGGUUACUUCUCUUAUGAUACAGUACGUUUUGAAUGAUGAAAAGCAA